AUGUCAUUCGAUCCUUCAAGACCAAUCGAUGACGAGAAGGUCUGGUUCCCCAAGGGGAUGUUCGUCGAUAAUCGUGCUAAUUCCAGGUUUGGCUUUGAUGCCAGCGACGAUGAAAGAGCUUUCAUCUUCAACUCUUCCGAUAUGAAGGCACUGAACCGUUUUCUCGGGACGGGCAGAUUGCUUCCAACCACCCGCAAUGACUAUCUACGAUCAUUGGGCAUUUUGACAACCGAUCCCCUCAGUACAGACCUUGCGAGUGAAGUAGACAGUCUCGUGACGACUUACACAAAGAUCAAAACAGACAGUGUUUACUUUAGAGAUCACACAUGGCGCAAUAUCGUCGACAUGGCAGCGCAAAUCAGAAUCUACGCCACAAUGUCAGGUGGAACCGAGGAAACUUCCUACACAGUUCUUAUGCUAAAAUGGAUCGGCGACUUCCACGACGAAAACAACAAACCCAACCCUGAUCAAGCAAAAUUGAAAGAACUAAAAGAGGGUAUUCAAUGGAUAGUCAACGAAGAACUUAGGGUUAUCAAACAAUUACAGGCUGGCGCACAACAAGCACUAGCCGGGUUGGAAGGUUUCCACGGCCAAUGCGAACAGCAUGAAGCUCGAAUGAGAGUCAAUGCUACUUCUCUCGAGGCACAAUUAAUCAGAGAGGGUAAUGAUAUUGCGAGUAUGCAAAAAAAAAUUGAUGCGGCUCAGGCCGAGCUGGAAGAGUACCAGGCUAGGAUUGACGGAAAGAAUAAAGUGAUAACCGAUGCUCCUAAAUACAUGUGGGUUUGGCCAGUUGGAACAUUUAUCGGCGUGGGCCUCGUUCAAGCAGCCAAGAACGAAAUCAAGGGUAUGACAGAAGCCAUGGAACAGAUCCAGGCUGUGAUGGAUGAGUAUGAAGCCAAGCAAAAAACUGCUUCUCGCUUGCAACUCAACAUCAGGUUUGUCAAUAGCCAAGUAAACAAUCUCACAGGUGAGAUCAGACCAGCAAUGCGCACACUCGAAUUACUCCAAGGAGCAUGGAAAUCCAUGGUUACGGAUCUUGAGACGAUCAAACAGUUGAUCGAUAACGAUACGGAGAAUAUACCUCCCAUGAUCCUGGCGAGACCACAGAUGCAGAAGAUUGUUAAUGAGUGGAAUGAAUUGAGAGAUUUUGCGAGUAAUUAUAUUCAAAAUUCCUAUCUUAGCGAGUCUCCGGAAAAUGUGAGUGUGCAACAGUAUAUCCAUCAGCUGGAGACGAGGGUCUUUGUCGCGUCGAGAUGUUAG